AUGCCCGUCGGCAGCAGCAACGAAUCCGGCAUCUCGUCGGGCGUCAAGUUCGUGACGAGCACCGUCGGCAACACGGUCGGCGGCCUGGCCAACACGGUGGGCGGCGUCGUCGGCGCGGCCGGCCGCGGGCUCGGCGAGACGCUCGAGGGCGCCACGGGCAGCGCGGGCAGGCCCGUGGCGCGCGGCGUGGCGGACGCGGCGACGGGCGUCGAGGACGGCAGCGCGCGCAUCGCGAGGGGGGUCAAGGAUGCGGGGCAGGGGAAGUGA